GGUAUUUUGACCCCACCAUCAAUCGUAUUGGCAAUGGCGGCAACGGGAUGAUGCCAGCGCGCUUAUUAUAUUAAUGCGCCUGCAAUGUUAUGUUGUGACCGCGCGGUAACUGCAGUGCGAGUGCUCGAGUACUCUCUUACUCACAUGUACAUAUUUUAUGCAGCCUGCAUGGAACAUAAUGUACCGUACAUCUAGGUCAGGUAGGAAGGUACAAUAUACUAGUGCAUAUAGGUAAUGUAGACUUUGGACAAAAGGUACCUGAGGUAGUCACGGAGUAGUAAAACUGCAGGUUCGAAGGUUGCUAACUAUCCGAAUUCGCAACGCCAAGUAUCGUACCUGUAGAUUCGGGACGACCACCUGAUCUUACCCAUCUUCUUAUCCAUCUUACUGUAACGAUAAAUCGUCUUGUCCCAAUCCUUACCUCCACAACUAGUACCUAACCUACCUUAAAGCUAUUAAAGAGCUAAUUAGAGCUAUAUAGCUCACAACUUCCCUACAUACUUUUUUCGAGUCUUUUGUCCAUUCCUUGUUCUUUAUUCUUCAUCUACAUCUGCAACAACUAUUUAACAUCCCACGAACAACUCCUACCCCAUCUUAUACCAGACCCAAUACUAAACACCAACCCUCCAUCCGCAACCAUGUCUGCCCUCAACGUCGGUGACAGCUUCCCCGAAGGUGUAUCUUUCACCUACGUCCCUUAUACUCCCGAGCUCGCCGGUGUAACUGCCUGCGGUGUUCCCGUCAAGUACGACGCCAGCAAAGAAGUCAAAGACAAGAAGGUCGUUAUCGUCUCCGUCCCCGGCGCCUUCACGCCCACCUGCCAAAACACCCACAUCCAAGGUUACAUCGAGAAGCUACCUCAGCUCAAGGCCGCCGGUGUCGACCAGGUCAUUGUCAUCGCCUACAACGACGCUUGGGUCCAGGCUGCCUGGGCUAAGGCCAACGGUAUCAAGGAUGAGAUUAUCUUCGCUUCCGACGACGAAGCUGCCUUCAGCCGCAGCAUCGGCUGGACCCUCGGUGCCCGCACCGCCCGCUACGCCGUCGUAGUCGACCACGGCAAGGUCAUCUACGCCGACAAGGAGCCCGAAAAGGGCGUCACCGUCUCGGGCGUCGACGCUGUCCUCGCCAAGCUGUAAAUAAAAAUAAACCUACCUACCUCACUGAAUUUACUUCCUCUAUAAACAAACAAACCCCCAUGAUACCAACUAACGUCGAAAUCGGAUUUCGAACCAUGAAUAGAAGAGUAGGAGGAUAUGGAUGGAAUUAUAUAGAAAAGAAGACGAAAGGUCGAGUUUUUCUUUCUUUCGAAAUAAAUAAACGAAUCCACUGGGCGGUUGCAGUUUUGAUGGCUUUCUUAUAUAUAGACGUUGCACUUUGUAAAGCAAACUUAACUAGGGGUUUUAUAAGUAAAUAGAUAAAGCACCUACCUCAUAAACAAUCGCAAAGCUAAUUCGACAUGUGAGAAUAAAG